AUGGGAAUCCGAUGGAUCGUGAACGCCGUCCUCCUCGGCAUCCCGGUCGGAGUCACCACCGGCGUCCUCAUCGGCGUCGACUCCAUCAAACGCUCGCAGGGCCAGGCGACGCUCUUCGAAGGGAAUAUCGAGGACCCCAUCGCCGGCGCCGGCGGAGGAGGAGGGGGAGGAGAGACGGUGUAUCCCGACAACGACAAGGUGACCAACGAGCGGCACUGCGAGCAGUACGCCACCGUCAUCCCGCCGUCGAAGGGGACGCAGUAUAUGUUGAGUACGAACGCGUGGGGAUGGACCGAAGGCACGCCGGGUGGGUUGUGUUUGAAUGUCAACGCCAACAACAACGGCUCCUACGCCACCGACACCACCGCGCCCCCCUUCUUCAUCACCUGGCAAUACCCCCCCGGACCCGCGACGCAGCCUGUUCACGCCUUCCCCAACGCCCAGAUCUACAAGAAAGGGCUCCCCCUCCCCAUCAACCGCAUCACCUCCCUCGCCCUCGACGUGGCCUGGACCUACAGCGUCGGCGACGCCCCCGCGGCCACGACCGACGUCGCGGCCCUGACGGCGGCCCUGGCCAACACCAACGUCGCCUUUGACAUGUUCCUCGACGCCGACCGCGCCGGCUCCGAGGACAGCACCUCGGCCCAGUACGAGGUCAUGGUGUGGCUGGCGCGCUUCGGGGCGGGGUCGGAGCCCAUCGGGCUGGCGGCCGGCGUGGUCGACACGCAGGUUGUGAAUGGGACCGAGUUCUCCCUCUACACCGGCUCCAACUCCCAAAACCAAACCGUCCUCACCUGGGCCGUGACGGACAACAUCCCCACCUUCACCGGGGACAUCCUCCCGCUGCUCGCGCGCCUCUCCUCCCUCCCCCUCCCGGGCGGCAUCACCUUCUCCCCGUCGCUGUACAUGGGCCACAUCGCGCUCGGCACCGAGGCUUUCUCGAGUAGUGCGAACGUGACGUUCGGGGUGGAGAAGUUGUCCAUCGGGCUGGUGACUGCGUGA